GUUCACGGUUCUCUCGAAGCUUUCUCUGUUGAGAACUCGCAGGGUCAAAGUCAUAAAACAUGAGGUCACUUCCCGCCAUACUUUGUCUUGUUUCAGUUGUUGUGUGCGUUUUGUCAUUUCCAUCUGCCUUCAAGGUAAGCCUGCUUCAAGGCAACAUGUUUUAUAGCAUGUAAUCAGUAAAUACCUCAAAGGUUUAUUGAAAAGUUGCAUCGACCUAGAUUUCUCUCAUAGAAGAUUUCCAUUUCUUAUUAAAUCAUAGUUUUGAAUUAUCAUACCUCAUACCAACAAGUUAAGGUCUGUUUUCAUUCGAUAUCCAGACAGCGAGAAGUGGGUUGUUGCAGCAGCAUUUUAUUUCACAUCGACUUAAAGGUGUUUGUAUAAUUAAGAAACUAGUGUUGAGUGUUAGGAGUGUUCGAUAUAGCUUCUCAAAUGAAGGAUAUAUCUUAAAGGAAUCCAAUGCCUCAGUUCACAACAAUGUUAUGGUAAUGGACCUUCCAAGCUAGCUGUUUUUUUUUCUCAAUUUGAGACCACGCUACAUUUAAAACCGACUCUAAACGGCCGCAGAGGACUGUUCCUUUCAAAAUUUUCCCCAUUGAUGUGCACAUAAAGGCAAAUUUUAUGGGAAGAUAAUUGAAAUAAGUCUCAUUUGGAGCUUCAAGUGGUAUGAAAUAUGAAACAAAAAAAAGCUAUAAGGAUCUACCCUGAUUUCCAGACCUACAGUAGUUCAUACAUCCUUUAAUAAACUCCAGUUCACCUGCAUCUAUCUCGGUUCUUUGUAUCUCUCUUUCAGUAGUGUUGAUAAAACCGGCAAAGGCGCUUUAAAGAUAAGCACGCCUUCGUUCGGGUGUUGAAUUUAACUUAAUAACUGAGACAAUAGCAUUUCAAUAAUUUUCGAAGAGAUAACGAUGAGCACUGAGCGAACAUUGAUUAAAAUCGGCUUAUUACAGACCAUUAACAAAGAUGACUUUCUUUGGGCCCACUUUAAUUCUCUGCAAAGAGAAUACGGAACUGUGGAUUGUGUUUUCCAAGCGCGUUAGAAAGUUUCGGAAAGAUUUUUUCUUGCUUUGUUCUUAGUGGAAUUUAAGCUAUAUUUAGUUUUUCUAGGUCAACUUAAAAGAUUUGCGGUGAUCGGAGAAUGUAGAUAUUGCUGACUUUCUGUCUCUGUACUAAGUGAACCUUAGACUCUGGACCCAAUUCAAGCUCGUUAUUCACGUUUGCACACGCUGUCCGUGCGUGAAGUACAGCAGACAAAACAACGUCUCAGACUUCAACUUCAAAUUAUGGGUUUAAACAACAGCUAUGGUUAUCUCGGCCUAUGGAAAAGACUAUCUGACUGAAAUAUAGGGUUUGUUGGAUGUACCACGGUUGGCCAUGAUGACUGAAUAAGUUUUGAAAUCAGGAAGGUCAUGACAAGAAAGGUGCUCGGAAAUACUGAGCCCAAAAAAUUGGCGUUGGGUUGAAACUGCCCUCACGUAUUCAUAUCUUAAGUUUCUUUAACACAAGGUUCUUAUUAAGAAGCAUGGACAACCGCGACCUCGAAAGCUCAAUCUCCGCAAUUCUAAUUAUGUUUCCUCAGUGUCAGUUGGAUUUUAAUGAAACUUUUUAUUCUACAUUAUCAAAAGUUUGGAAAUAAGAGUUGAGAUGUGUCUGGAUUUUUUCCCGGGCUCUCAAAGCUUUUCCUUAAAAUCUUCUGACGUAACUCUUCGAGCUGCAUUUUACCACAAAUCAUAGCUUGGCUCUUUGCAAGUUGCAAGUGUUUCUUGUGAAUAUGAAAUCACAAACGUCCUGAAUUAGUCUGCAUAACAACUGUUUCUAUCCAACGCAUAUACACGCAUUUAGGAUUGAAAUCAUUAUUCUUCAGUUUAUUAACAAUUUGAGUAGAAAUCAUGAGCCGAGUUACAUUUUCAUGUAUGUCUUAUGUUUAAUUUUUCUUCCAGGGCAAAAUCGGAAAAAUGCCUUUCAUUAAAACAAGACAUGGUAAGCUGUUAUGUCAUUGCAUGUCCGUAGCAGCUUUAUUGAAACAACUGUGUAAAACUUAAACAAAACUACUUCCGUUUGGUGUUAAAAGACUAAAACGUUUGCAUUGUCUGUGGCCUUUUCCUUUGUUCCUUAAUUAAACUACAUAUUAAUGAAAUUGCGAAAUUCAUUGUUGUAGCUUUGCAAAAGAAGUCUUUUCUUUCCAAGAAUCACAUGUCCAUAAUAACCUAAAAUGAAACGUUUUUGUAGAAAGUAAUAGGUCUUUUAAGACUGAUGAGUUAAAAAGCUCAUCAGUUUACUCAAAAGGGUCAAUUAUUUUAUGGGCACUUUUUAUUUUUGUAUCGGAAAGUUAACAAAAGACAAAAUAAACAAAAAAUAAAUAAAGCCAAAGAAAGUACAUUUAAACUCUACCCUAUACAAACAUUCUUCGUGUAAAGAUUCAAGAUGCUAAUGCAAGGGACUUUGACUGACAUUAGGAUACAUACAUGGUUAUGCUUUCGCUGAGUACUUGAUGGUUUAUCAGGGCGAUUUAAUAUGGUAGGAAAUUGAAAGAUUUGUAUGAAAAUUCAAAGCUAAAUAGUUGUUCUUUGACUUAGUGUCUUAAAGCUAUGGUAACGAAACGGGCAACAGAAACGUUCAACUUGUUUUUCAACAUUGCUGCAAAACGAGUUCAAAAGAGAUGUUGCGCGUUUUACCACCCACGUUCUUUCUUAUCUUGCAAGAAAUUCAGGUUGCCGUUAGUUGCGUGAAUGUUGACUUCUGGCCCCAGUUGUUCAAAAGGUGGAUAACGCUAUUCACCUGGGUGGGGGAAGGGGGGGUAAUUGGCUAAAUUUUUGCUGGGUAUGUGCCGCUGACCUCUCAGAGCCCCUACCUCAUUGUAAUCUAUUCUGUGACCAAUUAUAGACCCCAUCUUACUCACUUUUGCGCAAAUAUGUAAUUUCCGCGAUCCAAACUUAGUCACUUUCUAUUUUUAUGAAUUGAACCAUGUUUUAAACUGAAUGAAGAGCACUUUACUUUUCACCUACAGUACAAACAUUCUGGUACGUUUGCUAACCGUAAUAUGUCUUACACCAAAAAAUCCUAAAAUGUGCGAUCCCGUUCUAGUAACUCUAUUGAAAAUGCGACCCCAUUAUAGUCAAUCCAGUCGUGAAAAUGCGACCCCAUCCAGCGGCACAUUCCCAUAAGCCUCUUAUAAGGAAGUAGCCCCCUCCCCGGGGCUAUUCACCGGAUAACUCAAUAUCCACUGGAUAGCGCAAUUGGUUUCCCUAAUACUUAUCCGUUCAUAGGCUAGCGCUAUCCAACUUCUGAACAGCUGGGGCCUGAUUGGAUACAAUCACGCGGGAGUCACGCCAUAUAGGGAAAUUACGUCACGUUUGUCUUUUGCCGGUAAAACGCGCAACACACACAAAUUUUAUAACAAAAAGUAUAACUAUACCCUCUACUUUCUGAGACAACUAAUUUGCAACCUACAACAACCUGAUUUGUUGAAAGACAGAUUUGAUUCGUCAUGAUUCGUGGGUGGUAAAACACACAUCAUCGCUAUUCGACUGAUUUUGUGCAGGAAUGUUGCAAAACAAGUUGCACCUUUUUGUUGCUCGUUUUACUGUGCCUCAAGACAGUCUACUGGAAGAACUAACAAGAAUUUAAAAAUGCUAAGACAUCAUUCCGAUUUUUGUUUUCAAGUUUGCAAAAAAAAAAAAAAAAUGCUAAGACAUUAUUUCGAUUUUUGUUUUCAAGUUUGUAAAAAAAAAAACAUUUUUCAAAGAUCAUCAUAUGGAUUCAUAAGGUUAAUUUCCUCAAAUGGGAACUGGGUCACAAAUAUGUAAAUCCACGCGACGUAGGUUAUGACUACACUAUAUCGCAGAGCUCUUUCACCGGCACAAAAACCGUAUCGGAUAGAGCUUUCAUUCACACAAGAGGGCGGUGAUUUCGGCGCGGUUUCUGUAACGGAGCGAAGCUGCCCCGCGUCGAUCCUGAAAUGGAUCAUCAUAUAUUAUACCAGGCCGGGUUGUUCGAAGCUGGGUUAAGAUAACCCACUGUUAGCGCGAAAUUUGAAAUCAGAUAUGAGGGCUUAAAAAGCAAAUUCAGUUUAAUUCUCUUUUGCCUACAAUUUUUCAUAGUUGCAUAGUUGUGUGAACUCGAGAAAAUUAUCCCAGAGAGUGCUUUUGAUAAAAAGAUAAGGAAACCCGGGUUAGAACUAACCGGCGUUCGAACAACUGGGCCCAGGUUGAUAUGACACUCGUUAACGCAGUGUGAACGGGAAGGAUUUCAUACUUAACCGGAUAGCCGUUCACGUCCACAUGAAAAGCCAUUAGGUAUUGUCUACACAUGCAUAGCCUUAUUAAGCUUGAAUUUCCCUCAACCUUGCCCUAAUUACCCAUCUUAAACCUAAGGGCGUGAACCAGUUUAUAAUCAAAAUCUGUUAGAAAUAAAUCAUCAAGAUAACAGCUCGUUAUAACCUUUUAUUUAAGCAAUAGACCACACUUUCUAUGGGUUUACUGGCGUGAUGACCCGCGGAGGGUGUUGUGAGAACAAUAGAAAUGCUUGUAAAUCACUGGCAGAGGGCGAGUGAUUUACAGGCUUCUCGUUUGGUCUCUCAACAUCCCAAGGGGGUUAUUACGCUGGUAAAUAUGUAAGUUCUGCAUGUAUUAAUUCUGUGGGACGUUAAAGAACCCACACACUGUUCUUAAAGAGUGGGGACCUAUUCCCUGGUGUGGUGGUCUAUCUGUCAUGGGGGAAGGGACUGUUACGGGCUGUUACGGGCCCGCAGUAAUUGGUGUCAUGCUGUUGCGGUGACCCUGUCAAUAAUUGGCGAAUCUAAUAAAAUGAAAUAAAAUAAAAUAAACCCAUAGAAAGUGCGGUCUAUUGCUUGAUUAUAAUGUAACUUUAAGUUUUCUAUGAGUUUACCGGCACAAUAAACCAUAGGUUUUUAACCAGUCAGAAAAAGCGCACUAUCUUAGUUUUUUUAUAAAGUAAUAUAUGCUCUAAAUUGCUUUGCAAAGUGGUCGACUGGACUCUAGAGACAUUAGGAGUACGAAACCCAAACUAAAUAUCUAACUGAAAUUGUUAAUUGUUUUAAGCUCGUAACCUGUUGCAGUUUGGAAACAUGAUCCAGUGUUCCACAAAUCGAAGUAUGUGGGAUUAUUAUGAUUAUGGCUGCUGGUGUGGGUAUGGAGGAUCCGGGAAGCCUGUAGAUGGCACUGACAGGUAAUCAUUCCUUCUACGAGCUAGAGCCAGGAAGCAAUGUAUUGUAGAGCUACUGAGCCUUAUAAUGGCCUAAUGGCCUCUUUUUGAGGCUUCACAAGAGGUAUAUGAAAGGGAAGGGGAUUUUAGUACUUGGAGUAUAUACAAUGGUAUAUGCAAGGGUGGGAUAAUCUGUGAUUUUGGUCUUUAAAAAGGGCUAAAAGGGCCAAUAGAUGAAUUUUAUGGCUGUGAAAGAAUCAGGAAAACGUUCUGGUUUUGUGAUUUAUUUAUAUCUAAAAGACAGUGCAUUUACCGCAGUUAAAAGGGAUGCAAAAGGGAUAAUUGAAAGGGGUGUUUUGUCAAUAGAGGGUAUUCAAAAUGGCUACCUUUUUCUGUCAAGAAUCGUUUAUAAAAAGGGUGAGGGUUGGACCUCGGGGACGAGCUUGUAACUACUAAAAGUUUGUUGUUUACCCCUCUAAUCCCCCCGCUGGGAGUUAUAUUCAUUGAGGAGAGAAUGAAUGCUUGCGGAUUUGAGGGAUUACAGAAUUUACUCUAGUAACAGAUGGAUUGGGAUCGGCCGUUUUUACGCUAUGUUUGACGACUUUAAGAACGUCCUCUCUUAAUUUUGAAUCUGAACGAAGCACUUAACAGAUGACUUUAAAUUCGUCUAGUAUAAACGGGACACUAUACUGACCACGGUAAACUGGAACGCAGUUAUGCUCAAUUUGUCCAGAAACCGGACUAGAAAGAGGCAGUGUUUUGUCCCUUUUUUUAAAGAAACCUCUCUUUGUUGCGGUGUUGUCGAUUACUUUUCUGAUGGGUCCUCUUUUUAUACCAAAAGACUAAUUAGCUCUAGAGGACUAGUUAGUUUAAGUAUUUUGCUUCAAAAGACCAAUUUAUUGUUUUAAAACUAUUUGGACUUCUUUAUAGCUGAUUGCUUCUUGCGUUCCCUUGCGCCUUCUGUGUGUAUAUGCACCACGAACAGGGAAAUAGCGCUGGACAAGAAUAAUGACGACCCCUUGGACAAGUUUGAUUUUAGUUUUUCCGCUAGAUAAUAAGAAAAAAGGACGCAUUUUGUUUUACUGUUUUUGCCUCAGUCUUAAAUCAAAGGAAAGUUGAUUCAUGUUAGGUUUUCUUGUUUCAGGUGUUGUUUGCAACACGACUCAUGCUAUGAUCGCUUGACAAAAAACAGUAUUUGCUCGGAACUGGCAACGUAUUAUUCUUAUUAUCGCUACAAAGGAUGUCGUCAAUGUGGUAAGAAUUUGCACAGUAAAAUUUACUUUAGAGUCUGAACCGUUCGGUACAAAGCUCAUGUUUAAAAACGUCUCCCUGACCUAAACUGUAUAUUGUUAAUGGACUAUGUCUAUGCCAUUUUUUUUCCAUUCACACUAAAGUUUAAAAUUGUUCAGGUACUAUAUAGUUAAAUUAUAAACACAAUAGCCCUGGUUCUUACGAUACGGUCCGGUGAUACGGAGGCCGUAUUGUAUAAGCAUACCCCAGAGGGUAUGUAUUUUGUCAAAGACACACCUUUCUCAUAACAAUGUCAUUUUCUCGAAAGAUGAUUUAAUUUUCAAAAUCUUUUCCGAGAGACUGAUGAUCAUUUCUAAAUCUAAACAAUAGCCUAAAAAUCGGCUCCAAAGGAAUCCUAUGUCUAGAAAGCAUUUUGCAAAGUCAAUACAACCACCCGUACCUGUUGGGCAUCCAAUAACAGCCUCUUAAAUUCAUUUAAUUCAAAAUUGCCGCCAUAUCGAUAAAAAGGUUUAUAAAAAUAUUGGUUCCUUUAUAAAAGCUACUUUCCGUCGACUACAGAACAAAUAAAGGUACAAGUUAAAGAUACUGUGUAACUUGUCUUUCAGUUUUUUGUCGCCUACUUUAUUUUACAAGACACUAAGUUUAAUAAAAUACUGCUUUGUUGAUGUGGAUCUGGCAUAUGUUGGUCGUCUUAAUAUCGACUCCGCUAACCAAAAUUUGCUGAGAGAAUGCUUAAACCGUUUAAAACAUGUUAUGGUAUCGAUGUUCUUGAAGAUUACUAUAAACAAUUCAGGGAAUAUUAAGAAAAUGUUGAGAAGAUUUGUCUUUCGUUUAAUACUAGCUUACUUGUUUUUUUUUUUCAGUACCUGAAUCCGAGUACCCUCUUGAUGACCUUCAAAAACAAUGCAGGAAUUCUCUGUGUGAAUGUGACAGCAAGGCUGCCAAAUGCUUCGCUUCAUCAAGCUUUAAUCAUUCAUAUAUAAACUACAAUACUAAUAAGUGUUAA